AUGAAUAUUUUGGAUGAUGGAGAGUUUGAUAUAGAUUUGCCCCAAAUAAGCGAAUUGAAUACAGAGCUGUUUGCUGCAACAGUAGAUGAGUAUGCUAUACCGAAUAGUGCGGACAGUGGGACAAAGUUUGACGUUGAUAGAUUUCUAAUGGACAACAAUUUUCAAUAUGCCACAUUGGAUAACCUUAUCAGAACGGUAUCAGGAUUAACUUCCGACUCUAUUAAACAUCUACUAGACCAGAUUACUUCUAAUUACCCUAAAUAUCUGGAAUUUUUCAGAACCUAUGAUCAGGAGGAUAACGAGGCGUAUCUCGAGUUGCAAAAGACCAAUAAUGAUAUCGGAGUCUUUACGGAAAUGCUGGCGAAAUUGACCGAGCGGGACAUUCCCUUGAUACAAGAGAAAGUAGGAGAUGUAGUUGAAUAUUUGAAAAAACUAGAUGAGAUAUCCAUACUACUAGAAAACCACAUGUUGCUCUCUGAAAAUAUCAAUACUGUGAAACAACUUAGCAAAAAGUUGCAUGAGCUGUGUGGUCUUGAAACUAUCGAUGAAUUUCUAGGCUGUGAAUUAGUAAAGCAGUUGCAUUCAUUUCUCAGUGUAUGUGGUAGACUGCUACACGAAUUUGAGAACCUGUCCUCUCCAUUUAUAAAUCAUUUGUCCAAUGAGUAUCAGGGUAUAAUACAGGAAUUCCAGCUUUCUCUGAAGAUUUUAACCGAUAAGUGUCUCGAAAAUCCGUCCCAAUAUUCAAAACUUUCAAGACAACUAACAUCACUGCUACCUGAAAUCAUCAAUUGA